ACUUGGAAAGUUUCACCACAAAGAAAUGAUGAAUGUUUGAUAUGAUGAUGUGUCAACUCUGAUUUGACCAUUACACAGUAGAUACAUGCAUCAAUACAUAGCUUGCACCUCGUAAAACUGUUCGAGGAGAUUUAAUUUUUAAAAAUAUAAGAAAAUGCUACACAGCUAAGGGCAUAGCAUACAGAACAUUGUUAUUAUGGAACUUCAAGGGCUGAGCACUUGCCUAACAUCCACUGUAGUCUCAAAGAAAACCAAAGCGCAAACAGCAGCAACAAACUAGGUCAACCGCUGGGACCAUUGAGUUCCCUGGCAGUCUAAGCAAUAAGGGAAACUGCAAUUAUAACAAUUCAAAUCUGAUAAUAUUUUAUACUAAAUAAGAUGUUAGGUAACUGUUUAACUCCACAAUUUUACUCUUACAAUUUUACUGAAAGACAUGAGCCCUCUUUUUCAAGUGUUUAGAUAAAAGAAUAAUUUUGUAGAUGUAAGUCAAAAAGGAAUUUAAUUUGAUGCUAUUCAAUUAAAAAGUACAACCUUCACAUAUGUUCCAUUUUCAUGUGGCUUAAAAUCAAAAUGGUCAAUAAAUGUGCAUUUUUCUAAUUAUUUUGGUCAAACUAUACAAGAUGAGGAAUUCUCCAGUGGUGGAAGUAUACGAGUACUCACAAUUUCAGGCACAAGGUGUCGCUCUUUACUUGGUGGAAAGAGUUCAUUCAUAGAUUAGUCCGAAGAGUCCUGCGCUCCGCAAACAAAACCGACUCCAUCAUUCUGAAUGCCGCUUUUAACGGAUCCUUUAAAAUUCUUGAGAAUCAAGCGAAAUUUCAAUCUGAAGACAAGUAUCUGAUACAGUCAGCGAAAGGAGACAUUUUGGGGGCCGAUUUCAUAUGCAAUGUUAGGUUUUCAGAGAAGGGGAUCCUGCACUCCGCCACCUCUGCGCUGGUUACUUCUCCUCACUGCCUGGGAGGUAGGGAGCGGCCAGCUCUACUACUCCAUCCCUGAGGAGGCCAAACACGGCACCUUCGUGGGCCGCAUCGCACAGGACCUGGGGCUGGAGCUGGCGGAGCUGGUGCCCCGUCUGUUCAGGGUGGCGUCCAAGGACCGCGGGGACCUUCUGGAGGUAAAUCUGCAGAAUGGCAUUUUGUUUGUGAAUUCUCGGAUCGACCGGGAGGAGCUGUGCGGGAGGAGCGCGGAGUGUAGCAUCCACCUGGAGGUGAUCGUGGACAGGCCGCUGCAGGUUUUCCACGUGGAGGUGGAGGUGAGGGACAUUAAUGACAACUCUCCAGUGUUUCCUCUUAGAGAACAAAGGCUACUUAUUUCUGAAUCCAAGCAACCAGACUCACGUUUUCCGCUAGAGGGAGCAUCUGAUGCGGACAUAGGGGAGAACGCUGUAUUGGUCUACAGAUUAAGUCAAAACGAGUAUUUCUCUUUAGAAUCAUCAACCAAUAGUAAGCAGAUUAAACGACUGUCACUUAUAUUAAAGAAGACUCUAGAUCGGGAGAAAACUCCAGAACUUAAUUUGCUAUUAACAGCCACAGAUGGCGGAAAACCAGAGCUCACCGGUACAGUUCAGCUUUGGGUUCGCGUCUUGGAUGUUAACGACAAUGAUCCGGUGUUCGAUCAUUUAGAAUACAAGGUAAGAGUAAUGGAAAAUGCUGCCAAGGAAACUCUUGUCAUAAAGUUGAACGCCACGGAUCUAGACGAAGGUGUAAACGGGCAACUGGUAUACUCUUUGAUGUCCAUUAAGCCCACUGGGAGGCACUUAUUUACUCUAGAUGAAAACAGCGGAGAAUUGAGGGUCAACGGCACCUUAGAUUACGAAGAGAACAAGUCUUAUGAAAUAGAAGUGCUGGCCACGGAUAAAGGAACACCUCCAAUGGUAGGUCACUGUGUAGUCUUGGUAGAAAUCUUAGACAUCAAUGACAACUCCCCUGAAGUGACACUAACUUCGCUGUCCCUUCCAGUAAGAGAAGAUGCGCAGCCAAAUACAGUGAUUGCUUUAAUUAGCAUAUCCGACCUAGAUUCUGGUAUCAAUGGCCAAGUGACCUGCUCUCUUACACCCAAUGUCCCCUUCAAGAUCGUAUCCACCUUUAAAAACUAUUAUUCUCUGGUAUUGGACAGCAGUCUGGACCGUGAGAGGGUGUCAACCUAUGAUUUGGUUGUGACAGCGCGGGAUGGGGGUUCACCUUCACUGUGUGCCACGGCCAGUGUGUCUGUGGAGGUGGCUGACGUGAACGACAAUGCGCCUGCGUUCGCACAGCCCGAAUACACCGUAUUCGUGAAGGAGAACAACCCGCCCGGCGCGCACAUCUUCACGGUGUCUGCGGAGGAUGCAGACGCGCAGGAGAACGCGCUGGUGUCCUAUUCACUGGUGGAGCGGCGGGUGGGCGAGCGCUUGCUGUCGAGCUAUGUGUCUGUGCACGCGGAGAGCGGCAAGGUGUUCGCGCUGCAGCCUCUGGACCAUGAGGAGCUGGAGCUGCUGCAGUUCCAGGUGAGCGCUCAGGACGCUGGUGUGCCUGCCCUGGGCAGCAAUGUGACUCUGCAGGUGUUUGUGCUGGAUGAGAACGACAACGCACCCACGCUUCUGCCCCACGGAGCUGUCGGACCUGGCGGGACAGUGAGCGAGCUUGUGCCUAGGUCGGUGAGUUCGGGCCAUGUGGUCACCAAGGUUCGCGCAGUGGAUGCGGACUCUGGUUACAAUGCUUGGCUGUCAUACGAACUACAACUGGGAACAGGUGGAGUACGCAGCCCCUUCCGUGUGGGUCUGUACACGGGUGAGAUCAGCACGACACGUGCCCUGGAUGAGGUGGACGCUCCUCGACAGACUCUAUUGGUGCUGGUGAAGGACCAUGGUGAGCCAGCACUGACAGCCACUGCAACUGUAUUAGUGUCUCUUGUGGAAAACAGUCAGGCUCCAAAGUCCUUUUCACAGGCAUCAGGGCGUGCUUCAGCCCCAGACGCAUCGCUGGCGGAUGUCAACGUGUAUUUGAUCAUUGCCAUCUGCGCAGUGUCCAGUCUGUUGGUGCUCACGCUGCUGCUGUAUACAGCGCUGCGUUGCUCGGCUUUGCCUAUUAUCAAUGAGGCCGCUGGGGGGCCUGGGAAGCCCAUGCUGGUGUGCUCCAGUGCGGUGGGGAGCUGGUCCUACUCACAGCAGAGGCGGCAGAGGGUGUGCUCUGGGGAAGUUCUUCCCAAGACAGACCUCAUGGCCUUUAGCCCCAGCCUACCUCCCAACAUGGAUAGAGAUGAAAGGGAAAGGCAGGGGUCAGAAUCAAAUCACCCUGGACAGGUGAGUUUUCUACAUAUCCCACCUUUUUGGUAAAUGUCUAUAAAUUCAGUUAGAAUUAAGUUUUAUGGGAAAUAUUUAAUAUGAAUAAAGUUCGAGUGCUGUUUCAAGGAA